AUCAAAUGACCCUUUGAAUUAUCAAAGUGUCAACCAUAUUCCUGUUAGUCGGUUACAAAUUUCUUCAUUCAUUCUUAUCACUGUCUUUCUCUCUUCACCUCCCAAUAUAAAUACAUGAGAAGUUAAGAAUCGUUUUCCAUCCAUUUUUAUCAAACUCUUAACUCAUUCACAUAUAUAACCAAACUUAUAUCUAUUUUAUUUUUUCAUCACAUAAAUAAACUAUAUACUACAUAUUCUUAUAAGUUAAUUAUAAUUUAUAUUAUAUAUAUAGAUAGUGAAAGUUGAACCAAACUACAACAUCAGAAUCAGAAUCAACUUAUCUAUAUACAAAAAAAAUUAUUGAAGCUAGCAUUUGUUGGAUUAAUUCAUCAAACUAUGGCUGAUGAUGAUCAAUUUCAUAAUUCAAGUGGAAAUUGGUGGGACACAGCAUCAAGAAAUAUCAGAUUUGAUCAUCAAAGUGGAGGAACAUCACAAUCUUCUAAUUCCUCAGCCAUCACCAACAAUAACAACAUAGUUGAUUUUGGUUGGCAAAAUUCAGAUAUGGUAGAGAUAAAACCAAGAUCUUCUAUGGAAAAUUCUUUUCAUGAUACUCAAAAACUUCAACAAAAUCAAGACUCUUCAACUUCUUCUGAUCCCAACUUGCAUAUGAUGGGUUUAGGCCUUUCUUCUCAUUCCAUGGAUUGGAAUCAACCUUCUUUGAUAAGAGGUGAGAAGGGAGCUGAUAAUAGUUUCAGCACAAUGUUACAAGAGAAUUUGAGUUCAACAAGGAACAAUUUUGAGCAAGAAAAUGUGAUGGGGAUUUGUCAACAAGUGAAUAGAAGUAAUUUCUCUUUGGAUCAAAACCAAUUUAGUCCUCAAUAUAGUUCUGGAGAUAGCAAUGUUAUUACAAGCCAAUGUUUACCAACAAAUUUUCAAAUGGAUUCUUCAACUUUAUAUGGAACUCCUCCACCAAUUUUACAAGGUUCAUUUGAGAAUAGAUCCAUGAGUAGUUUUCCAUAUCCAACAAAUAACUAUGGAUUAAAUUCUAAUAAUGAGUUGAAUAUGAAUAUGCCUUCUAAUGAUUGGUCUAAUAAAGUUCCUCAAUUUUUGAUGAGAACUUCACCUCCAAAACAACCUACCAAUAACCAAUUGCAUUUUACUAACAACACCCCCUUUUGGAAUGCUUCUCAUGAGGGUGCUAAUUCCAUCAAAGAUGUUAGGUCAAGUUUCUUCCCUUCUUUGCAACCUCAAUUCUCCACCCCAAAUUUUGAUCAACACUCAAAGAAUAUAUCUGAGGUAAAUACUGUGGUGAAGAAAAGUGGAAGUGAGCCAGCACCCAAAAGGACCCGUAACGAAACCCCAUCAACUUUGCCAGCUUUUAAGGUGAGAAAAGAGAAGAUGGGAGACAGAAUCACUGCACUCCAACAAUUAGUGUCUCCUUUUGGAAAGACUGAUACAGCCUCGGUGCUUUCUGAAGCCAUUGAAUACAUCAAAUUCCUCCAUGAACAGGUUACAGUUUUGAGCACACCAUAUAUGAAAAGUGGAGCUCCAAUAGAGAUUCAUCAGAAUUCAAGCAAAUCAAAAAAAUCCGAGAGUGCAAAGCAAGAUCUUAAAAGUCGAGGACUAUGUUUGGUACCGGUUUCUAGCACAUUUCCGGUGACUCAUGAAACAACUGUCGAUUUUUGGACACCAACAUUCGGAGGAACAUCAAGAUAAUAUUAAUGGAUGAAAAAACUAUGUUGUGACAAGGAACCAAUAUCUUGCAACUAGGGCAUGCAUGUGUAACCUUAUCAAACCUAGCCAAGUUGGGAAUGAUAAAAUAAAAUAAAAGAGAAGAAGCAUGAAAGAAGACAAAGAAGGCCACUUAAAUAUGUAAAGUUAGUUAGUUCUAAUGAGGGAAAUGGAAAAAGAGAGAGUGAGGGGAAGGGAAAAAAAAUUGAAAGAGAAAGAAAAGGAAGUGACUACUCUUCAAAAAGAUAGCUAUUGAUGGGCCAACUACAUUCAGAAUUAUUUAGGGUUUGGGAAAUAUUUGGGACCAUUUGGAGUUGUAAUAAUUGAAGUAUUAUGCUUGCAAGCAUGGGAUUAGAAGAAUGACAAAGAUGAUUCAAAUAGGUAAAAUUCUAAUUUAGAGAAAUAUUUGGAAUUUCUACGGUAGCUACGAAGUUAUUGGAUCAAUAUCUAGAUUUAACUAUAUUGUACGUAGAUUUUGAUCCAAGAACUUUGCAGUCAUUGCGCUGCGCUUGUGUAUCAAUUGCAUCAAAUCCAAAUUCGAAAUCUUAGUUACUUCAGAGUUUUUAUUUC